AUGGCAUCAAAUGAUCUGCCAAAAUCUUCAUUGAGUUUGACAGAAAUCGAACUUAUAAAUCGUGUUCAUUCACAUUUUCAAAGAAAUGAGCCCGAUAAAUUUCAUUUCUUCUAUUCAACAGCAUCCCCAUUCAGCAAUUUUCAUCCAUGCACAAUUACAGAGAAUGAUCUUACGUUUCAUUGUAGUGAACAAUAUAUGAUGUACCAUAAAGCGAAACUUUUUAAUGAUAAUAAUAUAGCUCAAAAAAUUCUUGGAGCUGGAACACCAGACAAAUGUAAAGCAUUAGGACGUUCAGUAGAAAACUUUGAUCAACAAACAUGGCAUGAAAAUCGUACUCGCAUCGUUUCAAAUGGACUUUAUCUAAAGUUUACACAAAAUGAACAAUUGAAACAAGCUCUGUUAAAGUAUCAUGACAGUUUAUUUGUUGAAGCAGCAGCAAAUGAUUGUAUUUGGGGUGUGGGUUUACGCGAAAACGAUCAAUUGAUUAAAAAACGUUCAAAUUGGAGAGGAUUCAAUCUUCUAGGUUAUAUUUUAACCGAUAUUGCACAUCGAAUUUAUGACGAGGAUAAAAAACAUUGA